CCAGCCCCUUUAAUAACAGUAAACAACUGAACUAAUUUGUGUGAUAGCGAACAGCUAAUACAUCAAUCUGUGUUUGUUUUAUUCAUCUAGCUUUUUAAAUGCAGAUUUAUGUUGCGAGGUACAAUAAAAAAAUUAAUUUUUAGAGUCGAGUAUGGUGUCCGGAGAUUUCAAAUCCGUGCGGACACAUUUUUGCUGUUUUGAACAAUUGUGUACUUCCCGUAGUUUGGCGGCGGUUGAAAUUCUUCUUAUAACAUGUUUAAGAUUUUAAAUGUAACAUCUCAGAAUGGCAUGAACUUGGGGAGAAGAGAUUCAAAAUAGCAAAAUACAUGUCCUUGCGCUUGCAUUGAAAUUGACGUCAUUUUGACCAAAAUUUUCCAGUUCCAGGAUUAAACGACAUACUGCUGAAAAACUUUUGCUGGUGUGAUGUCUGUGAAAAGCUUUCAAUAAAAGAGGAAACUGACAAAAACAAGAAACAUACCAGAACUGUGAUAAACCAAAUGAGUACACGUACAGGUGAUAGAAUUUGUGGCGUAGGUGUGAUAUGUUCUGUCAGACAGGUGAUGAACAACCAGUAAACCCUAUACGUGUGAUGUGUAUAUGAAGACCUUCAGUAAAGGCAAAAGCUGAAAGAGAAUGUCCGCAGGUAAAACGUAUCCUUGUGGAGUCUGUGGAAGGGCACUCAAUCAGAAAACUGACCUUCAGAGACAUAUGAGAACACAUACAGGUGAGAAACCUUUUCCAUGUGAUGUGUGUGGGAAGGCCUUCAGUAUAAAGGGGACCUUACUAAGACAUAUGGAGGUACAUAGACAAGCAAGCGAAAAAACCCAUGAAUGUGACGAGUGUGGCAAGGCCUUCAAAGCAAAGGAGACCUUAAAGAGACACAUGAGGACACAUACAAAUGAAAAACCUUACAAAUGUGAUGUGUGUGGGAAAGGGUUCACACAAACAAGUAACUUACAUGUACAUUUUAAGACACACACAGGUGAUAAACCUUUCAAAUGUGAUGUGUGUGGAAAAGCCUUCAGUGUAAGUGGAAACUUACGAAAACAUACCAUGCUCCACACAGGUGAAAAACCUUACGAAUGUGGUGUAUGUGGAAAAGCAUUUAGUAUAAAGGAAAACGUUCAGAAACACAUGAGGACACAUGGUCAUACCCAUGAAAAAACUUGUAAAUGUGAAGUAUGUGGGAAGGUGUUCUAUGAAAACAAUGGUUUACAGAGACACAUGAAGACUCAUGAUACCAAUGAAAAGCCUUACAAAUGUGAUGUGUGUGACAGGUCCUUUUGUAGAGAGGUCAACUUCAUGAUACACAAGAGGACGCAUGCAAAUGAAAAAACUCUCACAUGUAGCGUGUGUGGCAAGGCUUUCACCAUUAACAAUUAUUUAGAUGUGCACAUGAGGAUGACUAUCGGUGAAAAUGCUUAUGUGUGUGAUGUGUGUGAGAAAAUACUGUGUCUGAAAAUUGAUUUGCAGAGACACUUUAAGACUCACACAAAUGAAAAACCUUACAAAUGUGAUGUUUGUGGGAGAGCAUUCCGUCAAACAGGAAGUUUAAGAGCACAUGUCAAGAGGCAUACAGAUGAUAAGUCUUAUAUGUGUGGAGUGUGCAAGAAGACAUUCUUUUCAAAAGGAAAUCUACAAAAACAUACUAUGUUACACACUGGUGAAAAACCAUUUGUGUGUGGUGUUUGUGGGAAGGCUUUCAUUGAAAACGCUAACUUGCAGAGACACAUGAGGGUACAUGGUCUUACACAUGAUAAAACUUGUAAAUGCGAUAUUUGUGGGAAGGCGUUCUAUCAAAACAGUGGUUUACAAAGACACAUGAAAACUCAUACAAAUGAAAAACCUUAUAAGUGUGAUGUGUGUGGGAAGGCAUUCAACCAAUCAGGAAACUUAAAGACACAUUUGAAGAGACACGCCGGUGAUAAACCUUAUAAACAAUGUUUACAGAACCUGAGUGAUACCUGUACACAUGAGGAUACAUACAGGUGAAAAACUGACAAAUGUACAGGUCAUAUGAGGGGAAAACUGACCAAUUUACAGGUCGUGUGAGGG